UAUCAGACUGGUAUAUGGGAUCAAGACAAGCUUGCCCAAUGUUUUUUUAUCAGCGGUGCUGUCGAUCUCUUGCGGGGUUUACAGUAGAAAUUGUUGUAAUUUCUUGUUUGUAAACUACCUGUAUUAGGCCUACGUACUUCUUUUCUCCUCAGGUGUUUGAGAGUGAUGCCCAGCGAUGCCGACCGACCAGACUAACCUCAAGAAGGCCAGCAAGCAGCGUUUGUCCAUCCGACGCAGCAUGCGGGACAGUGAGGCCGCUGCCAGACAGAGAGGCUCGGACGCAGGGGACAGCAUCCUUCCCCAGGUCUACCGGGCCCGCCUCUUCAAGCUGUUUGGGCAAAUAGAGCAUGAAUUUGAGGGGCUGUAUGCUGAGAACCUUCAGUUGCAGGACAAAGUGGAAACAUUGACAGAAAAGCUGGAGGUUCUGCAGAGUGGCAAAGUUCCAGUAGUUGAAGGAGCUGAUGGCAUGGAUGGGGGUACUCGUGCAAGUGUCAAGAGCAGAGCAUCCAGUCAGUUGUCCAGUCUGAUUCUGAAGCCCAAGCACAAGCCAACCACAGGCAAGAAUGUAUUCAGCUUCAAAGGAGCGAGCACCUCAGGCUGUCAGCUGGUGCGUCACUUCAGGGGUCAUCGCGAUGGUGUUUGGGAGGUCAGCCUGUCCAGAGGGGAGACACCAUUGCUUGGAACAGCCUGUGCAGAUCGAACAGCAAGACUGUGGUGCAUUGAGACAGGAGCAUGCGCCCUUGAAUAUGUCGGCCAUCUUGGAUCUGUUAACUCCAUUCGGUUCCACCCUACAGAGUCACUGGUCCUUACAAGUUCAGGUGACUGCACAGCCCAUGUUUGGAAGUCCACUGUGACAUUACCCCAGCCCACUCCGGCUUCCGAUGUCAGUCAGAAAUCAUGCCCAUCUUCAGGUGAUGAUGUUGAUGGAUCUGAUAAAGAGGAACCUGAUGGUGUUGAGAAUGAAAACAUUGUCUACGUGAAGUCGCCGCAGGCGCAGCUGGAGGGCCACUCGGGGGCGAUCAUCUCGGCCGAUUGGCUGGCUGGCGGCAAGCAGCUGGUGACAGCAUCGUGGGACAGGACAGCCAACCUGUACGACGUGGACACCGGUGCUAUAGUACACACCCUCACAGGCCAUGACCAAGAAUUGACCCACUGCUGUGCAUCUCCGUCCCAGAAGCUGGUGGUGACCUCCUCCGCUGACACCACGUUUAGACUGUGGGACUUCAGGGAUCCCAGCAUUCAUUCUGUCAACGUCUUCCAGGGACAUACUGAUGCUGUUACAUCGGCAGCAUUUGCAUCAGGCGACAAAGUCGUAAGCGGCUCAGAUGACCGAUCGGCCAAAGUCUGGGAUCUGAAAAACAUGAGAACGCCCAUCGCUAUGAUCCGAUCGGAUGCAGGGAUCAACAGGCUUUCCGUCUCCGCAACCAACAACGUGAUUGCCAUUCCACACGAUAACAGACAUAUCCGUCUGUAUGACCUGAAUGGCGUGCGCCUGGCCCGGAUGCCACGAAACAACAGACAGGGACACCAUCGUAUGGUCUGCUGCACUGCUUGGAAUGAUGAAGCAGCCUCCUGCAAUCUCUUUAGUUGUGGCUUCGACCGACAGGUCAUUGGAUGGAAGGUCGGUAUUCUUGCCUCUUAAUAACUUGGAAGGUGUCCAAUCAGAAGACAUUGUCCAGUGAACUCAUGAUCUGUCAAGCCUACAGUUUGCUUGGUGGUUGUUGGACGGGAAAUUUGUUGGUGUAGCUUGAAUGGUGAUUGACCAAAGAAAAAUGUAGAUCCUAAAUGUGAUCAACCAAUUAUUAGUGGGAAAGGUUGUUAUAGCAAGUAAUACUGACCAAUAACCGAGUAGUGUUGACCGGCUAUGCAGGUCCAUUUGCACAGGUUGUUGAAAAAUUCACCAUUUGGCCAAUUAGCAAAAAGACCCUUCAGUAUAACUGACUAAUUAGUUCACAUCUUGUAGCUUUGAUUGUCCAAUGAGGAAGAAGCUUGAAUAGAUGAGGUUUCAAUUAGCCAUCUAAGUAAUUAGAAUCAGCAUAAAUGACGAAUCACUUCACAUCUUAUAACUUUGAUUGUCCUAUGAGGAAGCAGCAUAGAUAGUCGGGUUGUUGAUCAGCAGUCUAAAGUGGUCAGGUGCAAGUGGUAAUACAAAGCUUUAUGUUCUGGAGAUGAGCAAAAGCUUGAAAUUAAUGUGUAUUGUGCCCAAACUUUUGCCAUUCAGUGAAAGAGUAAUGCCAUUGUAUGGAGAUGUAUUGUGUUGGAUAUAUUAUUGAAUGAUCAUGGAAGGACAUCUGCAUUUCAGGUUUUUAUUGGGUGGGAAAAAUGUUGGGAUUGUGGUUUCCUUACAAAUUUUAGUAUGCUGUUGACUUUUACCAUUUCCAAAGUGAGCGUUCUUGAAUAUUGAAAUCUUCCUGAAAUUUGACUGCAAAGCUUCGUAUGUAUGUACAUGUAUUCUGUUUUGCCUAGUGCAGCUUGUAUGUGCUUUACUGUUUUAAGUUGAAAAGUUAACCCGCACAAUAUACAUGUAUUUCAAUACAAAACAGAGGAAGCAAGUGCUUCCAAGCAAUAUUCCUAAUAUCCGAUGACCAACUUUGAAAAACCUGGCAAAAUUGUUACGACACGAAUCACAGUUCAGCACUGAGAAUUUUCUGAAAUGCUCAUGCAAAGAACCCCUUGCUGUUUUUUUUUUAUUUAUGAAAGGAAUUCUCGUCAAGUAAACUUUAGGAUGAGAAUAAUCGACCUCUGUACUGAUGAUGCCACACGGUGUUUAUGUAUGUGCUUUCCUGCAGUGCUCAGUGGACCGUGAGCCCCCACUGGCUCUGUUGGAAAGUGCACGUGUGAACAAAGUGUGAGGUCAUCGUAAAUAGGCCUUUCAAAGAUACCAUCACUGCCUUGGCGGCCCGGUAAUGAGAACUACCAAGCGACGGUAUGAAUUGCUUCACAUUCAUCAAAUGUCAUGCCAUCCAAGGGUUAUGGGAUCGGGGUUAGAAGCAUAUGCAACCAACUUCCUCACAGAGUAAAUAAAACCUGUUCUUGCCUCAGUGUCUUUUUCAAAGUUGGUAAAACCCAUUAUGAAGAGUAUUAUUUCCAAGAAUGUCCUAUUGAUGUAUACUGUUGCGUGUUGUAAGACAGUCCGCUGAGGUUGGUCACUCAAAAGAAUUAUUUUAAUAGCAACUCUGCCUACACAUUUAAAAGGCAGCCCUAUAAACCCAAUUAGAUGCAAGUUUCAUUUCAUGAAAUCUUGCUGGAAUAGCAUGGUUAUGGUGCAUGUGUAUUCUUAGUGUGCAGAAUUCGUGCAGAAAAUCUGGUAACAUUAGAAUAAGACAAAAAGUUUAGAUCUACGUGUACAAGUGGAACGAGAUGAAGGAAAAAGGCAAAGUACGUUUUUGAAGUCCUGUAGCUCAGGAAGGCCAACUUUUCUUAAAUUGAAGGAAAGAAUGGUAAUUUUUAUUGUUUAUCGAGCACUCUCUGUCAAAUACAUAUGAACAUGUAUGUGUAUUAUACACCAGUGGCUUGGAAUAAGAAUAUUUUUAUUUUUCUGUUGCUUUUGUUGCAAGCCAAGGAGAAAUAAUAACUUUCAUGUAGUAAUCGAUUUGAAUUUAUUGUGCAGAAAAACACAUACAGAAGCCCCAAAUGUAGUCUUUCCUUUUUCAUUUGGCAUUUCCUGUUAAUGGGGUUGAAGGUAUCUUUCCGAGUUAUUAAAAUGAAUUGUACAUUAAGCAAAUCAUUUGCAGCAUUGUGAUCUUAAAAUAUUCUUCCACCUACAGCAACGUAUUUGAAAUAUUUGACACCAAAAAUGUAAAGCACUUACCGUGAUGGGGACUGAGAAACCAGGCCAGGGGUGCAGGAAUUGAAGAAAAAAAACCCUGAAUACCCUGUGCAGAUAUACGUCCAGUAAAUUGGCUAUUCUGUUAGUUCUGAGCAAGGUUGGAGGUACUAUCCCUCCCCCACAUAGAGGUACUUUGUCUUUUUUGAGAAAGAUUCUGCUAGGAUCGCAACGUCAGGCCUGGUAUCUCAUAUUUUGAGAUUUUUUUUAAUAUGAGAGAACCAUUUUUGUGGACCAUUCGAUUGCCUGUUUUCUCCAAGCACAUUCGUAUCUCAGAACAGUUUCAUUAAAAAUCUCUGUUUGUUUCUUGUACAUUGUGUAGAACUGUAGUGAACAGGUGGAGAGGUUCGGGUAAGACAUCUUUAAGUAUUAGAGGACUUUUUGGGCCAGGGCUGAGUCACAAAAUGUAAAGGAACAUCCAAAGAAAGUGUGAGCAAAAAAUUUAGGUUGAAAAAGAUUCCACAGUGUAAGUGAAAUCAUUCCCCCCCCCUUUUUGUUUCAACUGCAUGAACACAUGAAGUCUUUUUCAAAAUCAAAAGGCUUGCAAUUUGUUACAAAUGAGGUUUUCAUUUAAAUGAGGUCUUUUUUCUAUUCGAUUUUCCAAUUCCAACCUUGGCCAGGUUUUCUCAAAACCAGUCAGAAUUUCUUUGGUGUACAUAGUGAAAAACUUUAUUACUGUAUAUACGGUGAAUAAAUUAAUCUAUAAUGAAGGUAUGCAAAAAAAAUCUGUCUAUUUAGAUUUAACUGCUGAGUGCACAUUUAAAAGAACUUAUUUUGUGGCCUUUAAUAUACUAUACAGGAUUUGAUGUUAGAAUAGCUCUGUCACCUCAACGCUAAUGCGAAAAUAUGCUGUUUCAGCUGCUUUGAUAAUUGUUGUUUCUAUUAAAGAUACUUGGACAAACUAGA